CGGGCCUCCCAUGCCUGCGGGUCCGGCCCGCAUGGUACGGUUCGGGGCGAUCCAGGUGCUGGGCUUCGGCAAGGAGACCGUCGAGGGAGCGGCGGAGGAGUCCCUGGAGGAGAAGUGCGAGGACGAGGAGAGCGAGAGCAUCCCAGUGGACGACCUGGGUAUCGCGGUGGAAAGGGCACCCGUGCCCGAGCAUGCGACCGGCCCGCUGCAUGCGCCGCCCGCUGCAAACGCGGACGCGCCGCCUCGGCGGGCGGGCUUUGCCCGCGAGGUCACCCCUGCACUGGCGUCCACUUCGGCGGACCGUGCGGAGUCGCAGGGCGACGGGGGCCCCCAGCCGUCGCCCGCCGCUGACUCCCCCAGCCGAUGGCGACCCAGUGUCCGAACUGCGCUGGCCCAGCCGAAGACCGCGUCGACCCCGACGAUCACCGCUGCCAACGCUGCGACCGUCAACGCUGACUCGUCCCCGCGCGUGCCGCCUGCACGUGGAGACGGGGCGGGCCUGGACGCAUCGCUUACUAUGCCCUCGCCCCCCGAUUCUUCCAGGUCGCGUGCGAGCGCAGAGCUGGGCGCGGGCCAAGCAGCGGAGCAGUCGCCUGACGAGUCUGCUUUGGGGGCCGGGGCGCUCGUGGACGACCCGCUGGCCCUCGUGGAGCGGGUCAAGGCGUGGCAAUGGGCGGGGGGGGCACGCCGGUGGCGUGGCUUCUGUCGCGCCAACGAGGCGAUGGGGGGUCCUGGCACUUGCGAUCCCGCGCGCCGCGAGCCUGACGUCCUCCGCCGGUUCCUAGCGCUCACGGGGAAACACCCAGACUGCGACGAUUAUUUCGAAAUGGCCCUCACCACGAUGAGCCGCCGUACCUAA